AGGUGUGUUUUUUUUUUAUUCUUAAUAGCCCUUCAUGGGCAAAAAUACCAAUCGGCAAGAUUUCAUGUCGCGUCUUUGUAUUUCCCCGGUGGAAAAACCAUGGAAAUCUCCUUCAAUCUUUGAUUAACACCGUACUCAAUUUGCCCAGUUCGUCCGAUCCCCCAAUAUUUGAGUUUGAGGUGAAGCGGACAAAAAAGAAAAAGAAGAAGAUAACCCACUCCACUAUUAUUUCCCCGGCUUCUUUGUCGUUUCGCCGAGGACUGAGCCAAAAGCACCACGCAGCUUAGCUCGCUGGGCAUUGAUCACGGGAUUCCGCGCCAAACUCGUGACACACAGCCUGGCAAAGCUACGCCCUCGCGGCCAUCAUCUCGGGCGAGACAUUCUGUGCCUUUGCGAUAUCGGUUUGUGGAGUUGGGGUGUCGUGGGGUACGUUGAAAGUGACAUGACGUGAAGGUGUGAAGGUUGUGCCGUGACCCUGAACCCCUUGGGCUUGGCAGCAGCGAAAACCUGCCUGCCCUGCGUAAGAAAAGUGCGCGCCGGGCUGCAGGCUUCAUAAAGGCGUCGGGUCUCUGCGCCGGCGUGGCCUUUGGCAUUUGUCUUCCGGCUUUUUUUUUUUGUUUGUUUCUAUGUUUGUACCCGACUGCUCACAACUUCUUGGAUUUUGUUCAGCUCGAACAGGAAACCCCGAUAUUUGCCCUGCGGCUACGACAGCGCCAAGCAAUUAAAUAAACCACGCCAUCGACAUCAGCAAGGAGGCACAGAAAAGGGUACGCCAUGAAGGAUCCGUUUCCCAUCGCCCCUAUCCCGGCCUUGAGCCGGGCGGUGCAGCCCAUCGCCGACAUGUUGCACCUCCCGACUUUGCCGCUGCACAUCCACGAGGUUCUAGGGGCCGCGCUAUUCUAUACAUUCAUCCACAUGGUCGUUUCCCCGUGGAUAUCGAUGAAGUUUUGGCCGGACAGAUAUCCGAUCAACUCAAAGGGCAAAAGAAUGAGCUGGGACUCGCACGUCGUGUCAAUGGUCCAGUCAUGCCUCAUUAACGUCCUCGCGCUGUACGUCCACUUCUACGACGAGGAGCGAUGGGAAUUCAACUGGGAACAGCGCGUUUGGGGAUACACUGGUGCCUGUGCCAUGAUCCAGAGCCUGGCCGCUGGCUAUUUUGUCUGGGAUUUGAUCAUUACCGCACUGCACUUUGAAACCUUUGGGAUUGGCGUCUUGAUGCAUGCCAUCAGUGCACUGACUGUUUACUCGUUCGGAUACAGGCCUGUCUUCAACUACUACGCCACCAACUUCAUCCUCUACGAGCUUUCCACUCCUUUCCUCAACAUCCACUGGUUCUUCGAUAAGCUGGGAAUGACGGGAACAAAGGCUCAGCUGAUCAACGGUAUCUGCCUGAUCUCUGUUUUCUUCUCAUGCCGUUUAAUCUGGGGUAACUGGCAAUCUGCCCUUGUCUACCGCGACAUAUGGCGUGCUAUGAGGACCAGCGAGAUCCCGGUCAACUCUACCAUCAUCUGCGGGGACUUUGACGGUACGAAGGUGGCUAUCAACCCCUCGCCGAUCCCCAUCUGGCUGGUUUUCGCCUACUUCGCAAGCAACCUGACCCUGAACAUGCUCAACGUAUUCUGGCUGUUCAAGAUGAUCAGUGCCGUCAAGAAGCGAUUCACGCCGGCGAAGGAGGACCCAGCUGCCAUCAAGGAAAAGCCGGCCUCUGCCUCGCCCAAGACAGGGGUAACGAGCGGUCUGCAGCAGACUGCCGACGCACUCAGGAAGAGGAAUCUGCCCGCCGAGGUCUUGCCUGUUAUCGAUGACGACCUCGGUGACAUGACUUGAUUCACUACACGUCUUUGGCCUCUCAUUCAAUGUCACGGUCACAAUCCAAGCUCAAACAAUGCUCUUGUUAGGGCGAAAAAAAUCCGUUAGCUCUUUUAGAAUGCGUGCGACGACCCUCAGAAUAUUUGGGGCUGCGCUAUUUUGUUUAGCGCGCCCGCGAUCAAUCCUUUGAGGUCUGUGAUGCGGCCCUCUCACAGUCCGGUAAUAAUUGAGCUUUCGAGUAUAGGCUAUUAAAUAGCCUUCCAAUUCAUGUUAUAGCUUGCCAUUUUGCCAUAUCCAUAGACUGCCGUUUUUAUUUUCAUUUUUAACAGCGUUUGUUUACUCGGUCGUCAUCUAUAGAAGCAAAACCUCAGCGUUUAUCCCAGUUCCCUUGAUAUUGCUCAACAAUGUCGGAAAAGCAUAAAAGGUUGUAUCAAGGGCCGGGCACUGGCUGAGAGAGACGCGAAUUAUGAGUUGUAAUGACUUCCAUUGUAACAAAGUCUAAUAACAAAAUUAUCUGCUACCGA